AUGGUGGAAGUUAAUCCAAAUUUAAAAGAAGAUGGGAUGAAAAUAAUUUAUUUACGUCCUGGUGACGUGCUUGGUGGUUGGACUGUUUUGGAUAAAAUUGGAGAAGGUGGAUUUAGUGCCGUUUACUUGGUAAAGGAUAGCAAAGGAAGUGAAUAUGCUAUGAAAACUGAAAGCGUUAAUGCGAUCGCAAAAGUGUUGAAAGCAGAAUAUUAUGUUUUGACAGAAUUAAAGAAAGCAAAAGCGACACAUUUCUGUGAUAUUUUGGAUAGCGGUUUGGUUGGUGAAAAUAAAUAUGUAGUGAUGACACUGGUUGGACAGACUCUUACGGAUCUGAGAAAACAUGACCCGACGCAGAAAAUACAAAAAUUCACUAUGGGUUGUGCACUUUCAGUAGGUAUGAAAUGCUUGGAAGCAAUCGAAGAGCUUCACAACAUUGGAUAUUUGCAUCGUGACAUCAAACCCGGUAAUUUUGCAAUUGGUCGUAAAAAUCUACGACAAAUUUAUUUACUCGACUUUGGUCUGUGUCGUAAAUAUCUUAACGAUCAAUCAUCCAUACGUAAUCCACGAAGAUCUGCUGGUUUCCGCGGCACUAUCAGAUAUGCAUCUAUAAGCUGUCAUGUAUCACGUGAGCAAUGUAGAAAGGAUGACCUGGAAAGUUGGAUGUAUCAGCAACUGACAGUCGGUUAUUUACCAUGGAAAAGUAUGGAAGACAAGGAUGAAGUGGGCCAAUGUAAGCAACUUUGUCGCAAAGAUGAAUAUAUCAAAGAAUUAUUUGGUGGUUGUCCACGAGAAUACAUCACAAUUAUGAGACUUAUCGAUUCCAUUAGAUAUUACUCGAAACCAGAGUACAGGAAGAUAACAAAUUUAUUACUUGAUGCAUUGCGAAACAACGGCGUGUCGGAGUAUCCGUAUGACUGGGAGAAAUAUCUCGAACCAUCAAAAAGCGCGGGAACAAACGAAUUCGCAGUUUUGUAA